UGCAACACCCUGAAACAUCAGGCGAUCCAAUCACGACAAGCCUCGAUAAACACUUUCUAGCGACACCGACCACCUUACCUCAGGUAGUUUACGUCACAGCCGAGCUACGACCAUGGUGCCGAGACUGGAUUGCGGCGCCGGCGAUGGCGGGUUCUUCUUCCAGCUCCCGAACACCGAGCAGGAGAACUCCCUCUUCCUCCGCGCCCUCAUCUCCGUCGUCUCCGGUGAGGACGCCACUGCCGCCGUUGCCGCAGUCCCCGCGCUGCACCUGGAGGAGCAGCAGCCCUCGCCGGUUGCCGCCGCCGCCGCGUGUGCCAGGUGCGGCGUGGACGGGUGCCCUGGCACUGGCAGCAGCUGCGAGCAGCUCGUCGCCAUGACCGGGUCGAGCAGCGAGGGGGAGGCAGAAGCAGAAGAGCACUGCUCUCCCGCCGCCGCGAGCUUCGGCGCGAGGAAGACGACGAUGAAGAAGACGGGGCAGAGUGGGGGCAGCAAGAAGUUCAGGGGGGUGCGGCAGCGGCCGUGGGGGAAGUGGGCGGCGGAGAUCCGCGACCCGCACCGCGCCGUGCGCAAGUGGCUCGGCACCUUCGACACGGCCGCCGACGCCGCGCGCGCCUACGACGUGGCCGCGUUCGAGUUCCGCGGCCGCCGUGCCAAGCUCAACUUCCCGGCCGACGCCGCCGUGUCAUCGUCAUCGUCGGCGGCUGCGCAGCCGCGGAGCUUUCGCGAGAACUACUGCGGGUCGAAUAAUGCGUCUUCGGCGGUGCCGGUGCCGGAGCCGGAGCAGCAGGGGCUGGUAAUGAGGCCGGCGGUGGCGAGGGAGCAGGAGAUCUGGGACGGGUUGCAGGAGAUCAUGAUGCUGGACGAUGGCAGCUUCUGGUCCAAGCCAUGAUCGAUUAAAUGGACCUCUUAGCUAUACUUUUUUUUCAUGUUCAAGUUUACUCCACACUGCGAUUACAAUUUUCUUGUACUGUACAAUUUAAAGAGUUCGAGAAUACGGCAACAGAUCCCGGCCGGCCACUUUUCGAAAA